CUUAAUCAGAGAUGGAAGAGUACUUCUGCCAACGAAAGGGCACUGCAGUACAAAACUGGAGAUCGCAUCCAUGGAUUCACAGUAAACCAGGUGACAGCUGUGCCCGAGUUAUUCUUAACUACUGUCAACCUGAGCCAUGAUCAGACGGGAGCCAAGUAUUUGCAUGUGGCAAGAGAGGAUUCCAACAAUCUCUUCAGUGUUCAAUUCCGUACCACUCCAUUGGACAGUACAGGCGUCCCCCAUAUCCUUGAACACACUGUGCUUUGUGGUUCGCAGAAGUAUCCCGUCCGAGAUCCUUUCUUCAAAAUGCUAAACAGGUCACUCUCCACGUUCAUGAAUGCCUUUACAGCUAGCGACUAUACUCUCUACCCGUUUUCCACCCAAAAUCCCAAAGAUUUUCAGAACCUUCUGUCUGUAUACCUGGACGCCGUGUUUUUCCCUAGUUUGAGACAUCUCGACUUCUGGCAGGAAGGCUGGAGAUUAGAACAUGAGAAUCCAGCAGACCCUGAGACGCCCUUAGUCUUCAAAGGAGUUGUCUUCAAUGAGAUGAAGGGAGCAUUUACAGACAACGAGAGAGUAUUCUCCCAGCACCUUCAGAACAAGAUUCUCCCCGACCACACGUACGCAGUUGUGUCCGGCGGCGACCCGCUGAAGAUCCCCGAUCUUUCCUGGGAACAGCUGAAGCAAUUCCACGCAACACAUUACCACCCUAGUAAUGCAAGGUUCUUCACUUAUGGUAACUUCCCAAUGGAACAACACUUGGAACAGAUCCACAAGGAUGCCCUGAGUAAAUUCCAGAAAAUUGAGCUGGACACUGCUGUCCCAACACAACAGCUCUGGGAUAAGCCUAGGGAACACCAUGUGACCUGUGGGACUGAUUCGCUUGCUGCAGACUCCAAGAAGCAGACGAUGGUCAGCGUCAGCUACCUCCUAGCAGACAUUACAGAUAAUUUCGAAUCCUUCACACUGAACUUGUUAUCUUCGCUGUUGGUUGGUGGCCCCAAUUCCCCCUUUUAUAAAGCUUUAAUCGAGGCUGGUCUGGGUUCAGAUUUUUCGCCAGAUGUUGGGUUUAACGGCUCCACGAGAGAGGCUUAUUUCAGCGUUGGCCUUCAAGGGAUCGCCGAAGAGAACAUUGAGACUGUGAAGCAAAUUAUUUCCAGGACUAUUGAUGAAGUUAUUGAGAAUGGGUUUGAGGAAGAAAGGAUUGAAGCACUGCUUCACAAGAUUGAAAUCCAGAUGAAGCAUCAGUCAACUAGCUUUGGACUUGCUUUGACCUCAUAUAUUGCCUCCUGCUGGAACCACGAAGGAGACCCCGUUGACCUUCUAAAGAUCGCCGAGAAAGUGGCUCGGUUCAGGCAGUGCCUUAAGGAGGACCCCCAGUUCCUUCAGAAAAAGAUGAAGCAGUACUUUAAGGGUAACCCCCAUAGACUGACGCUGUCCAUGAGUCCAGACGGGGCUUUCUAUGAGAAGCAAACCUCGAUGGAAGCGGCAAAGCUGAAGGAAAAACUUGAGGCCCUUUCUGAAGAAGAGAAGAAGCAGACAUAUGAAAAAGGGCUGGAACUGCUUGAUCUGCAAAGCAAGCCUCAAGACACAUCUUGCCUCCCGGCUCUGAAGGUCUCCGAUAUUGAGCCUAGGAUUGUGUUUACUGAGCUGGAGACAUCACUUACAGCUGAGGAUGUCCCGGUCCAGUACUGCGCUCAGCCCACAAAUGGCAUGGUGUAUUUCAGAGCAGUUUCCAGUCUGAACACACUUCCGGAGGAGCUCCGACCUUACAUCCCGCUUUUUUGCAACGUCAUCACCAAGAUGGGGUGUGGCGCUCUCAGUUACAGAGAACAGGCUCAAGAAAUAGAUCUGAAAACGGGGGGCCUUUCCGUCUGCCCUCAUAUCACCGUGGACGACUCCCACUUGGACAUGUAUGAGCAGGGUGUGCUCUUUUCUUCUCUCUGCCUGGAUCGAAAUCUGCCUGCCAUGAUGCACAUCUGGAGUGAAAUAUUCAACAACCCUCACUUUGAAGACGAGGAACACUUCAAGGUUCUAGUCAAGAUGACGGCUCAAGAGCUCUCGAACGGGAUUCCCGAUUCCGGGCACAUGUACGCCUCAAUUAGAGCCAGCAGAACUCUGACGCCCGCCGGAGAGCUGCAGGAAAUGUUCAACGGCAUGGAGCAGGUGAGAUUGAUGAAGAGGAUUGCAGAAAUGUCCGACAUUAAACCAGUGCUGCGGAAAUUGCCACGCAUCAAGAGGUACCUCUUGAACAGCGACAACAUGCGAUGUUCGGUGAACGCCACCCCUCAGCAGAUGCCACACGCUGCGAAAGCCGUCGAAAGUUUCAUAAAGGGCAUCGCCCGGAGUAAAAAGGAACGCAAGGCCAUCCGCCCCCAUGUGAUUGAGAAACCUUCAGACUCCAAAACUGAUGGCAGUGAAGCGCUUGCUUGCUCCCAGAUCACCAGGAAGCUCAUUACGGAUCCCACUUUCCAGCCAUGCCAGAUGAAGACUCAUUUCCUUCUGCCCUUCCCUGUCAAUUACGUUGGCGCCUGCGUUCGGACAGUUCCCUUUACAGCCCCGGACCACGCAAGCCUUCGCAUCCUCGCCCGGCUCAUGACUGCUAAAUUUCUGCAUACGGAAAUUAGAGAGAAAGGAGGUGCAUAUGGAGGUGGUGCGCAACUUGCCAGUAAUGGCAUAUUCAGUUUCUACUCCUAUAGGGAUCCAAAUUCAAUGGGUACCCUGUCUACUUUUGAAAAGGCUGCCGAAUGGGCCAAGGCAGGAAAAUUCACACAGCAAGACAUCGACGAAGCCAAGCUUGCCAUGUUUGCAUCUGUGGAUGCCCCCCAGGCACCGUCAGACAAAGGGAUGAAUACCUUUUUGUACGGGAUCUCCGAUGAGAUGAAACAGAGGCACAGAGAGCAUCUUUUCGCCGUCUCCAAAGAUAACCUCAUAGAUGCAGCCAACAAGUAUCUUGCCACUGGGAAGAGAACCAAAGGACUGGCUAUUCUUGGCCCAGAAAACCCACACACUGCCAAAGACCCUUCGUGGGUUAUACGAUGAUAUUUGCUGCCGGCUCAGCUUAGAUGCAAUCAUGUGUGUGACAGAGAC